AUGAGAGGAGCUCUCUCCUCUCUCCUCGUGAAAUGGUUGUCGAUCGUUGUCCAACCCUUCUUGAAGCUCUGCCGAUCGGCGGAUCACGCCCUUCUCAACCUAGUGGUGAUUGUGUUCAACGCUACUCUUGUUAAUCAGGGUGUCAAAGGAACUCAGUGGCAAUGCAAUGGUCAUGCCAUUGGUGAAAUAUAUCUUCACAACGUCUGGCGGCGGCGCCACCAGAUGGUCGUCCCCCAAAAUUGUGAUCCGAGAUAUGGGAUCCGUAAACGGAGCUAUGAUUGCUUCCUCAAUAACGCAAGUGCUCAUGAAAGCCCAACCUAUAAACAUCUGCGGCGCUCCAUUAAAUCGGUGUGGCGAUUUCGCCUACCCUCGCCAGGUGAACUAGAAAGUGAUAUCCCCAGUCCUAUCUCCAUGCGAACUGUUAUGCAGCCACUGGAUGAGACAGCUUGGGGGUGGUUUGCAAAUUGA